AUGUCGACGGAAAUUGUACCCCCAAAGUCCCGGGGAGGAAGCCUGGCACCGCCGCCAAACGACGACCUAUCAAUGCGACGGCCUAUGGAGAGAACACCUAGUAUGUCUAUUAGAGCUGAAAAGGAGGAUCUGAAGGAAGCAGCAGAAGAAAGUUUUAAUGUGAUUAUGGACCUAAACCUCGAUGGAAAGGUGCGAUGGGUUAGCCCUUCUUGGGAGGAUGUGAUCGGGACUCCCCGCGAUACAGUUCACGAUAAACCCAUCUCAGACUUUUUACUAGAUGAUAAAGAAGUUUUCAAGAGUGCAGUUGAGCAAAUGCGAAUUGACGACACUAGGAGUUGUCGAGUUCGAUUUUCGGUAGCCAUGGGAUCCAAAUCAACCUGGUCCGGAGAAGAGACUACAGCUGGCCAAGAAGAGGCAUUCCCGAUGGAAGAAGUGCAAGAAGAAGCGCCACAUGUUUUGCAUCUAGAAGGACAGGGAAUAAUCAUUCAGGACAAGCAAGAUGGUGAACCAAGUCAUACAAUGUGGGUCCUUAGACCAUUUGUUGAGCCUAACGAGAUCACCAUCGACCUUCCUCCUGUUUUGGUCGAGUCCCUUGGUGUUGGUGCAGGAAUGCUUGCUCGUUACCUGACUAGCUUGGCAGAGCAAGGUGCUGGAGAUCCAGCCAACAACCCUCCCCCUAUGCCAGUACUCUGUCGAAUCUGUGAACGUCAAAUUCAGCCAUGGUGGUUUGAGAAGCACUCCGAGCUUUGUAUGCUGGAACACAAGGCGGAGAGCGAUGUCCAGUUAUGCCAAGAAAACCUAGGAAUGCAUAGACAUGCAAUUGUCAAAAUACUGGAUGCUAUGGAAAGACGCUCUUCUCGUCCGGUUUCUGGUGAGAUUACUGUACCUCCUACCCCUAUCGAAUACCGUGGUUUGCCCAUUGGCCCCGGCUCUUCAUCUUCUUCAGGCACCGCUUCUCCCGCAGCUUCUUCCCCGAAACAACGUGAUUCCUCUGCAUCAGAAGCACGUAUCAACCAGGUCAUGCAGUGGACAUCGCCAAGCUACCAAAACGAAGAAGGGAAGGGAUUAAUACAGCUUUGUCAGGAUACAGAGGCGGUUGCCAGGGCAAAGGUUGAGGCGGUAUUCCGCCACAGAAAUACUAUCGAAUACUCAGAAAGGAUACGGCUAGAGUUUGCUGUGCUUGUCCAGGACUGCAUUGAUGAGGCUUUACGCAAGGCUUCUGAGCAGGUAACCGACGAACCAGAUGAUAGUUAUAGCAAUAGUGACGGCGAAGACUCCGGCAUUGAGGAUGAUACUCCAUUUUUCUCGGCGUCAUUUGGUCCUCCUUUAAAUACCAGUAGUCUUGUGGAUAAGCCUAGAGGACGCCUCAGAAGGCACUCAUCACCUGCAGACUCAGGCUCUACAAGUCCAAUGGAAUGUCCUACCCCUAAAUCUCAGCAGAGUCUGACGAAGAGCGCUAGUAGACGGCAUAAAUUUACUACUCAUCGUGGAAGCAUUCAUUUUGAUAACGACGGUGCAGAUAGUGAUACAAGUGGCAGGUCUUCACUUGCUGCUGCUAUGGGUCGACCACAAACAGAAAGUCCAGUCUCGGAUCACGAACUGACGGCAGCCAGGUUUGCAGCUAGAGACAAGCGAAGAACCAACGCCAUCCAGAUUGGUCAGGGUUUGAAUUCUCCAAGACGGCAAGCAUCGCCUGCAAGAACUCAGCCUUCGUCCUCGCCUCUAAGGAUAAACAAACCACGCAACGUACUAUAUGAUAAUAAUAUGCCCACUCCAAUCACAUCGCCUCUUUUAUCCACUGGAGACUUUUCGCCCGCGCUUGAAGGUUUCAACCAUCACCAUAGGCGGCAAUCCUCAGUGACUUCAUCUGGGGACAUAGGUAAACCACCAGUUUCCCCAAGACUGCCCAGCACGAACCCUACACAGCAGCAAAACCGUGCCGUGCCACCGUCUAUUAAGGAUUUCGAGAUCAUCAAGCCAAUCAGUAAAGGUGCUUUCGGAAGUGUUUACCUAUCGAAGAAGAAAUCUACAGGCGAUUAUUUUGCAAUCAAGGUCUUGAAGAAGGCAGAUAUGAUAGCGAAAAAUCAAGUUACAAAUGUCAGAGCGGAAAGAGCAAUCAUGAUGGUACAAGGGGAAAGUGAUUUUGUCGCAAAACUGUUUUGGACGUUUGCAAGUAAAGAUUAUCUUUACCUGGUAAUGGAAUAUCUCAAUGGGGGCGAUUGUGCUGCUCUUAUCAAAAUCUUGGGGGGCAUCCCGGAAGAAUGGGCGCGGAAGUAUUUGGCGGAAGUAGUUCUUGGGGUGGAGCACUUACACGCAAGGGGUAUCGUACACCGAGACUUGAAGCCCGAUAAUCUUCUGAUUGAUCAGAAGGGUCACUUGAAGCUUACCGAUUUUGGUUUAUCGAGAAUGGGAUUGUUGGGCAGACAGAAGAGAGCUCAGAAUCCAUCAUCAGAAUCUACUCCUGACCUAUUGAAACAAGGUCCAUUUGCCAGGUCAAGAUCCGUUGCUUCUUCACGAUCUACUUCUUACGAUUUCCCUCCAGGCGGUUCACCCCAAAGCACACCACUCAUCACUCCAGAUAGCAGUGCCCAAUUGGUCACCCCAUCUUAUUUCAACUUAAAUCACCGGGAGAGUACUUUAAGCCGCGAGAGUUCUUUGAGACGCUCAUCCAAUGGGAGAAGUGAAACAGGUGGGAGUGAUCACCUAGUCUCGAUGCUCGGUAGCUUUUCAUUGGACCACAACCACGGAAGUUCCUUAUAUACUCGGCGAACCCCCACAGGAGAUGAGGAUGCCCAAAGUGAAAGCAGCACCUCGAGCGAUUUUAGCGCAGGUCUUGGGCUUCAACAUGUAGCCACAUAUGCUAGUAUGAGCCAAAGCCAUGUCCAACCGCACGCCCAUCCAAUGCUGCCCCCUCAGAUGGCACUUUUUGACCCUGAAGACAGCAAUCGCAAGUUUGUUGGUACCCCCGAUUACUUGGCACCAGAGACUAUCAAUGGUAGUGGGCAAGAUGAAAUGAGCGAUUGGUGGUCCUUGGGGUGCAUAUUGUUCGAAUUUCUUUAUGGUUAUCCACCUUUCAAUGCAGAAACGCACGAACAGGUUUUUGAUAAUAUUUUGAAUCGAAGAAUUGCUUGGCCAGAGGAAGAUGAGGACGAUGAGGAUGAGGAUGAAGCGGGUAUCUCUGACACAGCUAAAGACCUGAUAAAUCGCCUUAUGUGCACAGAUCCCACCAAGAGACUCGGUGUGGGUGGAGCCGAGGAAGUCAAACGGCACCCAUGGUUUGCGGAAAUCAAAUGGGAUACAUUACUCGAGGAGACUCCUCAGUUCGUGCCUACACCCCAGGAUCCUGAAGAUACCGAGUAUUUUGAUUCAAGAGGGGCAACUUUACAGGCAUUCAAUGAAGAAUUUGAAGAUCAGACGCACUCACCCCAAGUCCUGACACCCGGUGCAGAUCUACCAGAACGUCCACAUGAUGCCGUAUCUCGUGUAAGGAAGGAGGUCAACUCAAGCAAGCGGGGGCUUAUUCCUCUUUCUAUCCCACCACAUGUUCGCGAGGGCAGGAAUAGGCGUUUGAGCGAGACGAGUGCGCAAGAUGACUUUGGGGCUUUCACUUUCAAGAAUUUACCAGUGCUAGAUAAAGCAAAUAAGGAUGUUAUCCAGAAACUCCGCACAGAAGCCCUUAAAUCAACUCCAGCUUUAACAACUUCAAACCCUGCAUCGCCUUCUGAAGGGAGUCCCAUUCUUUCCUCAAAGUCCCUAUCCAGAACCUUGUCAAACCCUUCGAGCAAGCAUGGAAAGCGUCCAGUUUCUCCAUCUAAUUUGCACCAUUCAAAUCCUUCCCCUGCGCGUGCUUCACAGCCAUCUUCACCACUUUUGAUGUCAUUUACGGCGACUGGACUAAAUGAUAGACGCAAGGCUUCUAAUGCUAGUGCAUCCUCCAGUUUGUCCCAACACUCACUGGGCCCUCUUCAACCUGUUCCCUUGGUUGACAUUCCACGCCUUCCUGCGGUCAUUCCCAACAGUGCUAAAUCGCCAAUUGCCCCGUCUUCUACAUCCUCUUCUCCGACAAAGACGCAUUCGAAGCCAUUUAUCAUGUCUUCUGCCUCUACCUCUCCUACAAAGACAGCUCACGAUAAAUUGACAUUGUCUAUGUCUUCCCAGCCUUCACCUUCAAAGACUCACGUACAUCAACAUCAUCACCGCAAUCCCAAUCCUAGAGUACGCUCACUUACGAUCGGGUCCACUGAUGGCGAUGCGGCAGUGCUGGAGAGCUUCAAGCAUCAGAAGAGGCGAAGCCAGGUGUUUGAUAUGUCGCCUUCUUCAUCCGAUAACGAGGAGGUCAAGGGUAGCGCAUUGUUGCGGGUACAGAGGCGACGACAAAGCUCCAGGAGGAUGUCAAAUAUUAGUCUUGGGGAUACUGGUCCUGUGUUUAGGCCACUGGAUAUUUUAGUUUGUGAGGAUCAUCCUGUAUCAAAAUUAGUAAUGGAAAGACUGCUGGAGAGGUUGAAAUGUAGGACUAUCGUGGUGAAUAACGGAGCGGAGGCAAUGAGAUGUGCCAUGGGCGAAGUUAAAUUCGAUAUCAUACUGAUGGAGUUCAAGCUUCCGCAAAUUAAUGGUGAAGAUGUGGCACGUAUGAUUCGCACGAGCAGAAAUCCCAACUCCAACACGCCUAUUGUGGCCGUUACUGGCUAUCUCAAGGACCUCAAUGAGCCCCAUCACUUUACUGAAUUGAUCGAGAAGCCAGCGACAAUACCCAAACUUACAGAGGUCCUGGAACGCAAUUGUCAUUGGAAGCCAGCUGGGCUUGAGCGACCUCUCGCAGAUAGGAGGGAGUUAUACAAUAGCCAUAAACUUCCACCAGUCAAUUACGAGGAAUCUGGUCGAAUCUCACCAACAGUAGAACGAUUUAUGAGCAUGGGCACGAGGAGAGGGCGCCUGUCAGAGCAAUUUUCUUCAAUGGACGAUGAUGAUGCGGUCUCUGUGACCAGCACUAGCGAGCCUGUGGUUCUUUCACGCACAACAACUAACGAAUGGGAAAAGCUUCAUGUUGGCAAGCCGUCUAGCCUCGGGUUGGAGAUUUUACCGCCUGCAGCAGUAUCAUCGCCUCUUGCGCCACUGACACAUCAGGAAUCUGCACCUUCAAGACUUCAAUCCCACACCAUUGAGCGUAUGCCUUCACCACUAUCAACGCAUGUUAGUGCAAUCAAUGCUGUUAGCACCUUUAGUAAUAUAGCUGAGCCCUUGGCAUCGCCUCCCGAAAUGUCGCUGCCACCCUCGCUCAGUGCAACCCCGGUAUUUGGAGGUACAGCAGGCGUUCCAUCCAGGUCUCCAUCCAGGUCCCCUUUUUCGAGGACCCCACCUGCGGUUCCUCCUCCCUCAGCAACCCCACCACUACAAACUACCACUGAGAGGUUUAAAUCCCUGAUUCCGAAGAGAUCACCCCCCAGAAGAUCGCGCACGCCAUCAGAAGACGGAGUCAAGAAAUCGCCUACAAGAAGAAGGUCCUCUUCAGCUCAUGUCUCACCUCCCAAAGGCAAUAGCCCAACAUUGGUGCCGUCUUCACCGGAAUCUAAAACAAAGAGCAAAAGAUCUUCAUUUGAGAAAAAGAAGGAGAAACAAGAGAAACAGCUCAAGGAAGGUCUACGAGUCGAAGAUGCGGAUGCAGACGACGAGCUCUCGGCAGCUGGUGGAAAGAAGCCGAGCAAAAGCAGGAGCAUUGGAGAGAUGAUCAUCAGUCGGGCGAGGAGAAGCCCUCCUGAGAUGAAGAGAAGCAAGAGUGAUAAAGGGGAGUUUAUGGAUAUUUGA